AUGGAGCAACUCGCUCAGUUGGUGCAUGAAGUGGAACGUCUGGUCACCGCGCCCUACGUGCCCUCGCUACAUGGGCUAUACAAUCUAUUACAGCAAGGCUCUGCUUCAUCGAUUGAUUCCUGGGCAUCUUGCAAGCCAUGUCAGGUCGGCUUGUUGACCAAUGUUUUGGUCGAAGCCUUAUCGCGAUCGCGGGUCGCUCUGCCUUUAAUCGCAACGUUUGCUGCUUCAUCAAAUUUUCGCGAUGCACUUCUCGAGCGCCAUCCAGUUAUCUUGGAUGCUUUUCUUGAAAAAGCUAUGAACGGUGAUGAACCCGAGUAUUAUUCGGCAUGCAUUGCCUUCUUCACGUCACCCCUGCCAGACACUUUUGUUGCGCCUGCUCGAAUCGCCCCGUUCGUUGCGAAGCUGGUGAGCAUGAUGGCAGCCAACCCAUGCGUUGAGACCGUAGCACCACUCCACGCACUCAUCAAUGGACUCAAAGGCUCGCCAGGAAUUCUAGAUGAUAUCCCGUCUGAAAUCAUGUCAAAUCUCCAGCUGGAGUUCACAAAAACACUGCGCAACCUCGACGACCAUAUGGGGAACCUACUGUGUCUUGCCACUUUUGCCCAGAUCGCGACAGGACGGACCACAACACCACAAUAUCAACACGGAUCAGAAGGCCAAUGGCUUCUCAAUAUCAAACAUUUCUUUGGGGCUAAACGAGGUCUCAAGACACUCGAUCUAGUCGUUUUGCGGGUGAUUCUGGCUUGCUCUUCGAGUUGUAACUUAGGGCCACAAGACGCUACUGAGAGUAUCCGGCUCGCAAUUACUAUCGCUGAUGCAAUCGAGCCUGAGCAGAAACAGGCAUGGAUUGCAAGUAACUCGGCCAAGAUUUCUAAACUGCGUGAGAAGGCUGUCAAGGAUGGUUUAUAUGGCGGGAUCCAAACGAUGGCCAUUGUAUUUUUGCAUGUACUUCUCCCGGUGCAGUCGCUAUCAUCCCAGCUACGAGACUUUGGGCUCAAAAUUCUUCUGUCGAAGAACAGCCAAGGAACAUUGGAGUUACUAUCGCCGGAACUCAUCGCACGUCUUGGAAAGUCGCUAGCUGACACCGGAGAAUCUGCUACCCGCGAGCUCACGACCUUUACAUUUGCCGCGCUGAAUGGCAGCCAAUGGCAGAGUAGAGAAACAGUGUCAACGAUACGCUUGGCGCAUUUGAUCUUGACUGGCCUCCAGAAAGUGGAACCUGAGACAGUGCGCUUCAGUAUCAAAAACUCAAUAAGCGCUCUCAGUCAAAUUGUUGGAGAAACAAUAGAGCACUUUCCCCGACAACCGUGUGAAAGUCAGUGCAGUCAGUCAAUCGUGUGCACUUCGCAGCUAUGCAGAAUGCAGAACCAGCUAUUUUUGUCACUGUUGAACCUUUACAGUACGAACUCGCCAGCGCAGACCGGGGUUGACAUUAUAAUGAGGUCAUUCAUGAGACGCGUAGAGCAGUCUUUGCCCAAUACACAGUGCGCAUUCUCAACAGGAAGCCCAAGCAAUUUCCAACGCUCUGUUACCUUACGCCAUCACAGUGAAUUCUCUUCUACAACCAUCAACCGGGAUUGGCGCGCUGGUUUUACAGAUGUCUUUAUGCAGAAUGCCAAGACUACUCAUGAUAGCAUGAUGAGAAAGAUUGAAGAUACCUGCUUUGAUUUGGAGCGGCGCUGUGAAGAUGUGGAAGGGCCCUUACGAGUUGUCGAACAAGACCGCGACAAAUAUGCUGAGGAAAAUGAAGAACUCAAAACACGAAAUGAAGAAUUAAUCGAGCAACUGAGACAGAAAACCGACGAAUUGGAAGACACACGAAGAAAAUCAUCCGAACAUCUAACUGAGUUUGGUCAUGAGCACGCACGCCUCGAGCAACUUCUUCAAGAUCAAUACACGUACCGUGAUGAGCUGACAGGAUCUAUUGAGUCUGUACGAGCGGAGCUUCAAGAGCUGAAAAAAAGCUCUGAAAUCGACAUUUUUGCCGAGAAAGAGAGGGCUCGCUCCAAAGAGUUAGAGAUGAUGGCUACUCUUACUGGAAAAGAAGAUCAAAUCGAGGAUCUCCAAGGGGAAAUCCGUGACAUGCAAAUGCAGAACGAGCAGAAGUCUCGGACCCUUGCUCAAGUUUUGAAGGAUAAUGACACUUCCCGACAAGCUUUGAACUCCCUAGAGCUGGAGCUUGCGGUUGCUGCGCAAAGCUUGGAGCAGUCUAGACUUCUCAAUGCUCAGAAAGAAGACGAGAUUAGCCGCCUCCUGGCUCAGGAAGUUGGCCUGCGGAAGGAACUGGAGACAUUACAAACAGCGACGAAGCAGUGGAAUGCGGAGAUUGAUAGGCUUGGUUCUGCCCUACAGCAAUCUGAGGAGAAUCUACAAAGUGAAGCCGAAAGGCUGAACAAUGAAGCUUCGCUAGCUACGGCCGAGAUUGCAAAAAUGAAUGCAGAAAACCAACGAUUGCAAGCUGCUAUGCAGGCCGCCACCAUUGUUGCUUCUAAAGAUGCCCAAUCCAAAGACAAACGCAUCCAUCACUUGGAAAGAAAGGUGCAAGCCCUACGAGACGAACGUGCCGACAAGGCUCGAGAGUUCUCAGAAGCCCAGCAACACAUCGGCCGACUCAUGGGCGUCAUGGGCUUCGCAGCAAAUGCCCCAGAAUCUACCUCUCCCCAAUACCAACGGACCAAAUCCACAAACCACACACCAGUAGCUAGAGUUCGCCAACCAAUCAGUGACGAUGAAGAAGAGACACAAACACAAUCAUCCCAAUACAUGCCCAUGGGCCCCACCCCGAAGCGCCCAAGAGGGAACCGCAAGUCAGCCGUACCCCACACAAGUACUUCCCCUGCUGCAAUCUCGAAGACAAGAAGUCCACCGGCUGGGCCUCGGUCUGUGCGAAAACCAUUGGCAGAGGCUGAUCUCAACAGUCCUGCUAAGAUACCGUCAAGCAAUGGAUCAAAACAUAGUCAGGUUGAUAUGGUGCCGGGAACCCAGGCACGGGAGAGCUUUGAGGAUAAUCAUCUUCGAGAUCUGGGUCUUGACAUGGAUCUUGAAUUUUCGAAAGACUUUCUCUUUUCCAGUACUGCUUUCACGGGGUCGAAUGAACAGGCUGGGCUGCAAUAG